AUGGCUGCCUUUCACUACUCUGGACAAGUGGAGAACUUUGACUAUGCUGUGCCCAGACCUUAUGACCCACACUUUCCUGUUCGCCACGGGGCCGAACAAUCAGGGCUUGAGGCUGGCUUCGGUGGCAUGGAAACAGAUAUGGUGGAUGCUGAUCCCCGCCUGGGGAUACCAGAACCCAUCGAAACGAACGACGCAGCAGUCAAUGGCGGUUUUGGCCGAUUUGCCAAUGACGAGUACCUCCGAUCGCCUGAAGACAUGACUGAAGAUGAGUACCGCGAUUGGAUAAAUCGGCAGUUCAAAUGCAUCUUCGCGCCCUACGAGAAACAGGGUGGCAUACCCGUGCAACAGGCAUUAAUAAUGUUUCAAUACAAUGACUACGGCCUACCGAAAGAACGAAGGCAUCACCUCUUCCUCAAGAUGGAUGCCAACAAAGAUGGGCGCAUCAAUUAUGAGGUGGGUGUAUGCAAAUUUGUCUCUUGCUAG